AUGUAGUAUACAUCAAAACAUACGACGAUGAAGUGACAAUUUUGCGAAUGUCGUAUUUCUUAUGCGAAUACACAGGAAUUUUGCGCGACUGAAUUUGAUCCACGUUAACGAAAGAGGGAUAACGUCGUAUCGUCGAAAUCGCUGACAUUUCUCAUUACAAUCCUGUCACAAGAAUGUCUCCAGCACAUUAUUGGAAAUGACAAAUAUAUAAAUAUGACAAUUGUGUAAAUAGUUUGUAAAUUUUCCCGAAUUCUUAUUUUUGUGGGAGCUACAUAUGUGAUAUUCAAAAAUGUCACAAGGAAACGGUGCUGCUGUUGCAGUACCCAAUAAUCAAAACGGAGCAGUGGCGCACAAUCUUCACAGUCUUGCUGGUGUGAUAGGACCAGUUUUAAAUAAUAAUAAUAUGAAUAUAGCUAGAAAUAACAAUAAUCAAAACCCGUUGAUUAAUGUGCGGGACAGAUUAUUUCAUGCAUUAUUUAUCAAAGCUGCAUUAGCCUAUGCACGAACAUUUCCAAGGCCUGUCAGGAGAUUUAUAGAAUUUAUAGUUCUUUUAAAGGCAAUAUUGGCAUUUUUUGUAUUGGCUUAUAUCCAUAUAGUAUUUUCUCGUGCACCAACUAAUUGUUUAGAACAUAUAAGAGAUGAAUGGCCACGAGAUGGUAUAUUGAGAGUGGAAAUUCUUAGGAAUGGUGGCGAAGAUUAUAGCAUAGAGAAAAGUUAUGCCAAAGAGGAAAAAUUGAGACAAGAAAAAGUUGACGAUUUAACUAAUGCUUUAGGAAUAUUGAGCAGAGAUGGGUUUAUAAAUAUUGAACCAUCGGCUGUUGACGAAGAACGGGAUACUACAAAUGCAUCUGUUGAAGAUAGUCAUGAGAACUUGACAUCACGUGAGCAAGAUAUAAGGAGUGCAACAGUUUCUGGAGAGGCGCAAAAUUCUGAUCUAAGCACUACAAAUACAACGAUAAGCCCAUCAUUAUCAACUAAGCUUUGGAAUGGUUUAAAUACAGCUAAAGAAACAUUAUUUGAUGGAAAAUCAUCUGUUCCAAAUAUGGAAGGUAAUGCCACAGAAGUGCCCGAAACCAGUAAUCAUUCAAAUGAAGAUAAUGUGAUACCUUUAAAAGAUCGUAUAUUGGACGUUGAUAAAAUGGCUAGGGCUGAAGAUGGCUAUAUUGUGGAAUAUUCAUUGGAAUACGGCUUCUUGCGAUUAUCACCGGCAGCUCGACAAAGAUUAAAUAUUCCAGUCAAAAUUGUCACUUUGGAUCCGUCGAAUGACAAAUGUUUUGGUGAUGCAUUUUCAAGAUUAAUAUUAGAUGAAUUUUUGGGUUAUGAUGAUUUGUUGAUGGCAAGCAUCAAGACGUUGGCAGAACAUGAAGACAACAAGGGUUUCUUGCGGAAUGUGGUCACAGGAGAACAUUAUCGAUUUGUGAGCAUGUGGAUGGCGCGAACAUCAUACUUGGCCGCAUUUUUCGUCAUGCUCGUAUUUACGGUAUCCAUCUCAAUGUUACUGCGCUAUUCGCAUCAUCAGAUCUUCGUCUUUAUUGUUGAUCUCAUACAAAUGCUGGAAUUUAAUUUAACUGUGUCAUUGCCAGCAGCUUCCUUAUUGACAGUAAUUUUGGCGUUAGUGGGAAUGGAGGCGCUCAUGUCCGAAUUUUUCAAUGACACGACCACCGCGUUUUACAUAAUCUUGAUAGUGUGGCUUGCCGAUCAAUACGAUGCCAUCUGUUGCCAUACAGCUCUGACAAAGAGACACUGGUUAAGAUUCUUCUACUUGUACCACUUUUCUUUCUACGCGUACCAUUAUCGAUUUAAUGGGCAGUACAGCAGCCUGGCGCUCGUCACAUCUUGGCUCUUUAUACAGCACUCGAUGCUGUACUUUUUCCAUCACUACGAGCUGCCAGUGAUUCUGCAGCAAGCGCAGCUGCAACAACUUCUGUUUCGCAAUCACGCCCAACCUCAGCAAGCGCAGCCAGCGACACCCAGCACGGCUCCGACCACCCCGGGUCCUGGGUCGUCGCCGUCGUCGCCGGCGACACCUUCGCCUUCGCCGAGUCCAAACGACUCAUCGACACCUACGACGGAGCAGACGCAGCACAACUAUAUCGCCGAGCUGUCCCAACUCGAUCCGGAGCCUAGCGGCCCGGAAGAGGGACACGCGAGUGCCGAUACAGAGCAAACGUCCGCAUCAACGACAACAGCUGAUCGUGACAAUUCUGCUCAAGUGUCGGAAGACGCGACGGUAUCUUCCGCCGCGAAUACGGACGCGGUUUCUCUAGCCACCGGAGCUAGUCAACCGAGUUCGUCCUCCGAAGGCUUCGAGGUCAUCGAGUCUGCCGAGGCUGUACGCAAGGAGGCGACGUCCACCGAAGAUGGGGAGCAACAUUAGACUUUGUGCCGUGUGACAGAUGUACGGGUAGCCAUAGCGAAAGGAACGUCAUUUCCAUAUGAUUGCGGAUUUUCUCCUGUCAUCAUGGAAGAUUAAUGUUGUAAAGUAAUGCAAAUAUGGUCUUUAUGCAAGAAACGAACGAGGGCUUGAUUUUGAUGAAGGUAAGCUUAGAAGACGUUUCUUUAAGAACAAAUAGUUAUCGCGC